AUGGCAUGUAAAGGGAAAGGCAAACUCAAGGGCGUUCCUAAACAAGUAAUGGCAAUCAGUAGGAUCGAGCCACAUGUUGGUCUAAUGGAAGACAAUAUUGAUCCUCGUGUACAAGAGGAGUAUACCCACAGUGGGCCAGUUGAGACUUUGUCUGACGUACCUAUAGAUGAGCAUGAGCCAACUCAUGUGCUGAGAAUCGAAAGUAACCUCAACUCUCAGCUUGUAACCAAUUUAGCAAGCUUUCUCAGAUCAAAUAUUGAUGUUUUUGCAUGGAAACAUGCAGACGUGGUCGGGAUCAGCCCCGAGGUCAUAUGUCAUGCAUUUAACAUUGACAGAGAAAAUUCAAACCUUUAUCUCAACAACUGUGUGCCUCUUUAUAAGGCUGCAUUAAAAGGUGACUGGACAACUGCCAAAAAAUUGUUAGACAAAGAUCCAACGAUGUUACGUGCCAGUAUCACAAAGGGACAAGAAACUGUUCUUCAUAUUGCGGCAGGAGCCAAACAAACUCGCUUUGUAGAGGAGCUGAUAAAGUCGAUGCAACCGGAAGACCUGACUCUGUCAGACCAAAAUGGAAGCACGGCCUUCUGUUGUGCCGCUGCAGCUGGAGCUACUGAAAUUGCUAGGAUUAUGUUGAAGAAGAAUCCCAGUCUUUUGACAAUCCGAGGUAGUGAAAAUAUGAUGCCUGUGUUUUUGGCUGCUCUGUUAGCACAAGGGGAGAUGUCAUCUUUUUUAUAUGAUGAAUUAUCUCAAGCGCAACAUGUUUUCAAUUGGGACGACAAAGUUGCUCUAUUUUUCACUUGUCUCACCAAUGGCUUAUAUGAUCUGGCAUUAAAAAUGCUAAAGGAUGGUCCAGAUUUAGCUUUGGCUCGUGAUCGAAAUUGUGAGACUGCCUUACAUGAUUUGGCUCGAAAACCUUCAAUAUUUCCCAACAAAAAUCAAGGUUCAUUCAGGAGGCUUAUCAACUCAUUCCUAGGAUUAAUGAAGUUGAAUCACAACAAGGAUUUCCAAUCAACUCAAGCUCUUGAAUUAGUCAAAUGCCUGUGGGAAGAAACAUUAAAACAAGAUGACUUGGAGCUAGCGAACCUAACCCAAACGCCUUCAAGAAUUGUGUUUGAGGCAGCUAAAUUUGGAAAUUCCCAAUUUUUGGCUGAGCUCAUUUACCGUUAUCCUGAUGUGAUAUAUCAUUUUGAUGAAAAUGAUUACAGUAUAUUUCACAUAGCAGUUUUACACCGUCAUGCCGAUGUGUUCAAUCUAAUAUAUGAGAUAGGUUUAACUAAGGAUUUGUUCAUGACUUGUGAAGAUAAGGAUCAACAGAACAAUAUGUUGCAUUUGGCUGCAAAAUUACCACAUCCAAGUCGAAUUGGUGUCGUAUCAGGAGCAGCUCUACAAAUGCAGCGAGAAUUAUUAUGGUUUAAGGAGAUAGAAAAAAUAGUGAAACCUUCCUUCCGAGGAAAGAAAAACUCGAAUGGUCAAACACCUAAAGAGUUAUUUACUGAGGAGCACAAAGAGUUAUUGAAAAAAGGAGAAAAAUGGAUGAAGGAUACUGCUAAAUCAUGUAUGCUUGUUGCAACAAUCAUUACCACUGUAAUUUUCGAAGCGGUUUUUAGUGUACCAGGUGGAAACGAUAAUAGUAAAGGAUUACCUAUUCAUCUGAAAGAGACAUGGUUUCAGGUUUUUGUCAUAUCAGAUGCAAUCGCUUUGUCCUUUUCUUCUAUCUCAAUCUUGAUAUUUUUGUCAAUCCUUACAUCGCGGUAUACGGAAGACGAUUUUCUCAAGUCAUUACCAUUUAAAUUGAUGGUUGGAUUCUCUACACUCUUUGUAUCCAUAAUCAGCAUGAUGGUAGCUUUUAGCGCAACCCUUUUAUUAGCUUAUCAUGAUAGCAUAAAUUGUGUCACCAUGCUUACUAGUGUAGUUGCAUUUGUACCAACCACUCUAUAUGGAACUGUUUUGGUUUUGUUGAAAAGCGGAGAACAAUGGAUGAAGCAUACCGCUAACUCAUGUAUGCUUGUUGCAACAAUCAUUACCACUAUAAUUUUUGCAGCAGUUUUUAGUGUACCAGGCGGUAACGAUAGUAGUAAAGGAUUACCUAUUCAUCUGAAAGAGACAUGGUUUCAGGUUUUUGUCAUAUCAGAUGCAAUCGCAUUAUCCUCGUCUUCUAUCUCUAUCCUGAUGUUUUUGUCGAUCCUUACAUCGCGAUAUACAGAAGAUGAUUUUUUGGAGUCUUUACCAUUUAAAUUGAUGGUUGGACUCUCUACACUAUUUGUAUCCAUAAUCACCAUGAUGGUAGCUUUUAGCACAACUCUUUUAUUAGCUUAUCAUGAUAGAUUAAAUUGUGUCACGAUGCUUACCACCGUAGUUACGUCUGUACCAGCCACUCUAUAUGUUCUAUUGCAGUAUCCUCUUCUAGGAGAUAUAUUUUGUUCAACAUAUCAUUCUAGGUUUUUGUUUAAACCAAGUAAACCCAUGUUCAGAUUUGUUUGACCUUGAAAGUCUAUUGUAUUGUAUCAUCGA